AGCGAAUUGUCGCUGUUUCCUGUUGCUUCUCUGAUGUCCUGAGUUACGUUGCUACUGCUGGUUGUGAAGGGAAAGGAAAGAUGUCAGGUGCUGGGGGAGGAAAGCGUCCCCCAGGUGGGGACAGCCCCCCUGGCCCACCUGAAAAGAAAAGCAAGAAAGAAGAGAAGACCACCACCACGCUAAUAGAGCCAAUACGCAUAGCUGGAGUCUCCUCUACGGAGGAAAUGGACAUGAAGGUUCUCCAGUUCAAGAAUAAGAAGCUCUGUGAGCGCUUGGAGCAGAGACAGGCGAUGGAGGAUGAGCUGCGAGAGAAAAUUGAGAAGCUGGAGAAGAGACAAGCCACUGAUGACACCACCCUGCUGAUUGUCAAUCGCUACUGGUCGCAGUUGGAAGAGAACGUGCACAUUCUGCGCAAACGUAUUGAGCCAGAACCUCCAGUAGUUUCUACCCCUGCCCAACCCUCAGCACCAAGCACUGACCAACCAAUGGAGGAAGAUGGUGUCAGUCUGGCUUCACCUUCUGCUGUGCCUCCACCUCCUCUACCAGAGGCCCACAAUGAGGGUGAGCAGCCAGAACAGCAGCAACAGCAGGAGGAGCAUCAGGAAGAGCGUCAGGAGGAGCAGCAGCAGCAGCCGCCUCCUCCCACUGGGUCAGAGGAUUUAAUGACAUUAACAGUCUCACAACUGGAUUCAAAAACAGAUACAUCACUGCCACCUCCUCCCUUGAGUGAAAAUGCCAAGGGUUUCUUGUCAACUCUGGAGCAGAGCAGUGAGGAGGAACUAACUCUGCACCUCCAGGACCGCAUGCAGUUCAGCAAAGAAGCCAUUGCCUGCUUGGUCUGCGUCUUUGAUAGGCUGCACAGUUAUAUCAGUGACAUGUGCAAGGUGGUCCAGGCUGCAGCAUGUGAAGACGAUAGCCAGACUGACAUCAUCAAUCUGAACUGCACUCUGCUGGACGAGAACACUCGACUGCGAGACUUAGCCACUCUCCUGCAGGGACGACACCACAAGAUGUCUAUGGAGUAUAAUGAGUUGGUGGACAAGGUGACCAGCUCAGAGACCAAGGUGACUGAGAUGGAGACAACGGUGGAGGACCUGCAGUGGGACAUUGAGAAACUGCGUAAUAGGGAACAAAAGCUUAACAAACACCUAGCAGAGGCCAUGGAGCAGCUAAAGUCAGGAUACAGCAGCACCGGCAGCUCAGGUGGGCUGGCUGGAGGCCAGAUUACACUGAAUAUUCAGAAGUUUGAGAGUCUCAAUGCAGAGUUGGAGCACAACCAGGAGUUGGCAAAUAGCCGCAUGGCAGAACUGGAGAAACUACAGGUGGAACUCCAGGAGGCUGUGAGGGAGAGUGAGAAACUUAAGAUGGACCUGCGCAAUAUUCCAGAAGAGGUUGUAAAGGAAACGUUGGAGUACAAAUGUCUGCAAUCUCAGUUCUCCCUCCUGUACAACGAGUCUCUAGGGGUGAAAACCCAGCUGGAUGAAGCGCGGGCUCUCCUGCUCACUGCGAAGAAUGCCCAUCUCCGACAGAUUGAGCACAUGGAGAGUGAUGAGCUGUCCCUUCAGAAGAAGCUGCGGACUGAGGUUAUCCAGCUGGAAGAUACUCUGGCCCAGGUCCGCAAAGAAUAUGAGAUGCUGCGUAUCGAAUUUGAGCAGAAUCUGGCAGCCAACGAGCAAGCAGGACCAAUCAACAGAGAGAUGCGACAUUUGAUCAGCAGCCUCCAGAACCACAACCUGCAGUUGAAAGGUGACGUGCAACGCUACAAGAGGAAAUUGCGGGAAACACAGAUGGAGAUCAAUAAGUUGCGCUGUCAGAGUGGCGACACGGGGGUUCUGAUUUUGGAGGAGACGACGAGCGACAGCAUCGAUGUGAAAAAAGAGGAGGAUGAAGACCAGGAGGAAGAAGAAGAGAGGAGGAGGGAACUAGAAAGACAGCGAGCCCGGGAGAGGGAGAGGGAGAGGGAGGCCGAGCGGGAGCGCGAGAGGGAGCGUGAGCGAGAGAGGCAGCGCAGUGACGAGCUGAAGAGGAAAGACUCAGACACGCUGAAGAUGCUCAGAGUAGACCUCAAGAAAGCUCAGGAGUCCCAGAAAGAGAUGAAGCUUCUGCUGGACAUGUAUAAAUCGGCGCCAAAGGAGCAAAGAGAUAAAGUGCAGCUCAUGGCGGCCGAACGCAAAUCUAAAGCUGAGGUGGAUGAGUUGAGGAUGCGUGUGCGAGAGCUCGAGGAGAGGGAGCGGAAGGAGAGCAAGAAGCUGGCUGAUGAAGACGCCCUCAGGAAAAUACGAGUGGCAGAAGAAACCAUAGAGCAUCUGCAGAAGAAACUUGCUCCACUAAGCAGGUAUCUGUGUGAGGAGGAAGCCCUGCUGAGUGAGAUGGAUGUAACUGGCCAGGCCUUUGAAGACAUGCAAGAGCAGAACAGCCGGCUGUUGCAGCAGUUGCGGGAGAAGGACGAUGCCAAUUUUAAGCUGAUGAGUGAGCGAAUUAAAUCUAACCAGAUCUACAAGCUGCUGAAAGAGGAAAAGGAAGAGCUGGCUGAUCAAGUUCUUACAUUCAAAACCCAGGUGGAUGCCCAGCUGCUGGUUGUGCAGAAACUAGAAGAAAAAGAGGGAGUCCUGCAGAGCACUCUGGCGGCUCUGGAAAAGGAGCUGGCUGUCAGAACACAAGCACUAGAGCUUAACAAGAGGAAGGCAGUGGAGGCCGCACAGCUGGCAGAAGACCUGAAGGUGCAGCUGGAGCACACGCAGGCCAAACUGAAGGAGAUCCAAGUCUCUGUGGCUGAGAACCGCACCGCCCGGGAGAGGGAGAGCAGCAACCUGAAGCGAGCACAGGAGGAUCUGUCCAGGCUGAGAAGGAAGCUGGAGAAACAGAAGAAGGUGGAGAUGUACUCAGAUGCAGAUGAGAUUCUACAGGAGGAGAUCAAUCAGUACAAGGCCAAGCUGCGUUGCCCCUGUUGCAACACACGAGACAAGGAGACGGUGCUCACCAAGUGUUUCCACGUUUUCUGCUACGAAUGUCUGAAGAUGCGUUACGACACCCGACAGAGGAAGUGCCCCAAGUGCAACUGUGCGUUUGGAGCCAACGACUUCCACCGCAUCUACAUCACUUAAGUCACAUAGAAGAAGAGUGACUACAGAAAAUAGUAGACAGAACCAAAGGAGAGAAAUAAUAAAAAAAAAAAAAAAAAUGAUAAAGGAACUGGAGAUUUAUUCAAAGACAUUUUGGGAAUCUCAGAUGAGUGUGUCCCUGUGUUUAAUCUCUUUGGAAAGACUUAUUUUUAAUCCAUCUUUGCUAUUUUUUUCAUUAAGUUGGUGACCAAACAGCCCUUUUCAGACAUGAAAUGUGUAACAUUGCUGGUUUCAUCCUGCCAGUCAUACCUGGGUCUCUUUGAAUGCUUCCAAUGGCUUUACAGUGACCCACAGAUCCACGGUACAUACCACACUUCCCUAAUGUUUAGCUGGCUUACCACUUUCAUUAAGAGCAGGGUCUCUGAGUCGGUAUGUGCCGCAGCAAAAUGAUAACAAGAUACUCCCGCCCCGCCCACACUGGCUCCGAGAAUAGUCACUCUUUUAAAUUGGGAAUAUGAAAAAAGCAUCACAGAGGACUGUUUUAAUCUUACUGUAAAUUAAAAAAAAAAAAAAAGUUCUUAUGCACAUGCUUUUGGUGUUAAAGGGCAUUGCAGUGAGCUGAGCAACUCACAAAAUGCACAAAAGACAUCCGUUAAUGUAAAUGUGUACGAUUUCAAAGCUUAUGAGAUCCAAAUUAGUCAGAUUGCUGCUGUGAAAAGUGAUCAAGGUGCUCAUUCAGACACAAAGUGGGCCAUGUCUGAAAAGGGUUUUAGAGACAUCGGACUGAGAGUGUUAUGUUGUAGUUAAUAAACACAGUUUUCAUGCACAGUGUUUUUUUUUUUUUUUUCUUUUCUUACAAGUUGAGCUGCUCAGUACUGUUCUCCUGUCUUUGCUGUUCCUUACUAUGUUAAAAUGGUCUCUCUUCACAUACUGGGCCCACUUUUAGUCUUGAAUUGAAUUGUUUAAGAACUUGGAACUGCAGUGAGAUGCUGUUGAUCAUCUUGAAAUAUCGCUUUGAAUUGUUUAGUCCUGCUGGUUUUGGAGCUCUCAUAAAGUCAUUGAAGCUGAAGUUUAAAACUUGCAAAAUUAAAAGAUGUCAUCCUUUA